GCUGCGAGGCGGCAGCGGCGGGAGCGAGCGGCAGCUGUCAGGCCACGGAGGUCCGAGCUGCACUUGCUGCCCCAUUGAGGACGAGGUGGCAGCAGAAGCUGUGUGACCCGGUCGCUGAGGAGCCGGAUUAGAGGCACGCAGAGCUGACCUGCCUGGCGUCCUUAGCCCUCUCCUUUCUCCUUCCCAUUGUGUUGGAACCCUAAAACAAAAGGAAUACAGAUCUACAAGAAUAAAGAAAAUAUUAAAAUUGUGACAAAUUCCCAGUUGGGUUCUCUUGGUUACAAACUCCUUCUUGUCUGGUGCUGCAACAAUGAGUGGGAAAUCCCUUCUCUUAAAGGUCAUUCUCUUAGGUGAUGGUGGAGUUGGUAAAAGUUCGCUUAUGAACCGUUAUGUAACCAAUAAGUUCGACUCCCAAGCUUUUCACACUAUAGGAGUAGAGUUCUUAAAUCGAGAUCUGGAGGUAGAUGGACGCUUUGUAACCCUUCAGAUAUGGGACACUGCUGGGCAGGAACGUUUCAAGAGCCUUAGAACACCCUUCUACAGAGGAGCAGACUGCUGCCUCUUGACCUUCAGUGUGGAUGACCGGCAGAGCUUCGAGAACCUAGGUAACUGGCAAAAAGAAUUCAUCUACUAUGCAGACGUGAAGGACCCUGAACAUUUCCCCUUUGUAGUUCUGGGUAACAAGGUAGACAAAGAGGAUAGGCAAGUGACUACUGAGGAGGCGCAUGCCUGGUGCAUGGAGAAUGGGAAUUACCCUUAUCUAGAAACAAGUGCCAAAGAUGAUACUAAUGUGACAGUGGCCUUUGAAGAAGCUGUCAGGCAGGUGUUAGCUGUAGAGGAACAGCUGGAACAUUGCAUGUUAGGUCACACCAUUGAUUUGAACAGUGGCUCCAAAGCAGGUUCUUCAUGCUGCUAAAUAUAUGGAGCCUUUAAACUGUGUGUCACAAGUUGGUCAGUCAGUAGUGUAAGAAUUACUGUACCCUAUUGGGAGUACACACACACGCAUACACACACACACAAACACACACACAAUGGUAAGAGAUAAGGUUCUAUUUUGAAAUAGAGUCUCUUAAAUUGAAGUUGUAGAGUGGUUUUUAAAAAGCUUUAUUGAGCCAAGUGUAUUUUGCGUGAUUUAUGCUAUUUUAUCUCCUCGUGUGUCUCAGGACAUUUCAGAAAGUUUUAGUCCUGAGAGAUUUAAAUGUUUUUGAAUCACUAUUUAAACCUAGAACCCAGCCGCAUGAAGAAGUGAAAGAGCUUAAAGUGUUCCAUUAACCAACUAGCAAAUGCCACCAUCAGACUCUUGCCAAGCAGCUUCUGACAUUUCUGCCAAAGGGAAAAACAAAAUUCUGAGCUGUACAACAAAAAUAAUAAUGGAAACAAAGAUUCCUAAGCUUGAAUUAUAAAGGGGUUGUGAUAAUUAGGAGUGUAGAUAUGUAACAGUGUAUACUGACUUGUUCAACUCCUCGUAUAUGGUUUACUCUCAUCUGAACUCAGAAAAUACCAUCUUAAUAAGUUAUUCUAAUGACACUGGAAAUUAAUUAAAGUCCUUGUAUUUGAAGUCAUGGGUCACCAGUGAGUGGAUUAUGCUUAAAUAUGCCAGCCACCUUUUAAAAUCACUGGUUGGUCUGCUUUUCCUUCGUAAGUCUAUGUUGCUGCAUAGAGAUGUUGCCUCUCUGAAAACUUCCUUCGAGGUUAGUGAUGCUGCUUAGUACAUGGCUUUGGGUGCAGUGCUUUCUGCUCACAAUUAUAAGGUCCUAUGGUUUACCAUGCUAGCUCAUGAAGAAGGCUUAAGUAAAGACUGGGAAGUCAUGAGCUUUUUACACAAUGUUCCUUAACUCAUUUAUUGUAGAAGGAACUGUUUUAUUUGGUGUGUGGGGGGGGGUGGAUGUUUCACUGUAUGUUCAGCUGGCCAAAUUAGGACACUGAGUGUGGCAAAAGAGCAGAAUUUAACUGUGUUAGAAUGGAUUUCUCAUAAUUAGGUGUGUCCAAGAGUGGAAUAGACUGCCUUAAUAGUGAGCUCCCUUCCAGUGAAAGCAUUCACUGGGUGACCAUCUGUUAAAAUACCAUAAAAAGAAUUUCUGUGCUGGCUACAUGUUUAGUAUAAGGUCCCUUCUAGAUCUAAGUUAUGUGAAUUUAUAAACUAUAUCAGUGCCAUGUUUGCUUUAACCUAUCUGAGAAUAAUAGCUAAGGCUAUGGAGAGGAACAUUAAAAGUUCUCAAGCCAUUCUGUGAUCAGCCUUUAAAAGCAACUACUAUGGCCAGGUGUGAUGGCGCACACCUUUAAUCCCAGCCCUUGGGAGGCAAAGGUAGGAGGAUCACCGUGAGACCGAGGCCACCCUGAGACUACAUAGUCAAUUCCAGGUCAUCCUGGACUAGGGUGAGACCCUACCUUGUAAAGCCAAAAAAAAAAAAGAAAAAAAAACUCAUAAUAAAAGCAACUACUAUGAUAUGAAUGCCCUGAAGAUACCAUAUUCAAAAGAAAACUGGCUUGACAAUUUUUGAAAACCAUGACUGCCAAUUAAUAUACUGUAUUAUGAAUAUGCAGUCUGGUUCUUGUUGGUUGAUCAGUCUAGAUUGUAUCUGUGCUUUAAAACACAUAUGACAAAAAUUGUGACCCAAUAUAGAGAGGGACAGUUUUAAUGACCCCCAAGGGCACCUAGUCCAGGGAUAGGAUGGGAGCUUUUUUUUCACAGGAAUAUAGCCUAGAACUCUCCAUUAUAGCCACAUAUGGAAUCAGCCUUACAUGUGGGACCUUAUGUGCUUUAAGAACUCUGGGACCUUUUGGCCACAUGGACAAGAGACUGACAGUAUUUCAACCAGUAAUAUUAAGUAUUUCCAAUUAAUAUAUAGUCAUUAUGCCAUUGUCAAAUCAAUUAAAUUUAAUGCCAAAAGUCAAACCCAGAACUGGGAUCCCCACAGCUCUUAAAUAUUGGUUCCUAUCCUGCCUAUGCCUAUAGCCAACCACAUUGAUUUCCAAGUUCUAUGAUCAUUUUGCUACAAUCAUAUUAGAGUUAAAAAAAACUGUAUGUCAGAACUAAUAAAUGCUAAUUAUUUUUAAGUGCAUGAGACCUGGGGCCUUCUCUUUCUACUUGCACUCUGCUUAUAAUAGUUUCUAUUUGUAGAUCUCAGGCCUUCAUAAAGACCUCCAUCAACUCACAAAAGUACUUGUCUCUUUAAAGUGGCAUGUGGUCAUUCGAAUAAAUAUAAAGUACAUGGGUAUUCAAUUCAUAGGCAUCCUGUUCAUACAAGACAAGUGUUAAUUUUAUUGACAGGUCAACUGAAGCCCGUUUUCUUCUCAGCCAUACCUUUUUUUCUGUCAAAUUGCUUCACAAUAUCCUAAUCAAAUAAUUGAACAUUAAGUAACAAAACAAUGGCAUUUUGGUGAGUAACACUCAGUGGGUGCUGACAUAUAGUUUGGGUAAGUUUAAAAACACCAAAGGCUGAAAUCUGUGAGUACCAGGAACUGUGCAUAUAAGUUUAGAAAUUGAUUGUGUACACUAGAAUGUGCAGUGCAAUAUUUUCAAUAGGUGUUUUUUAAUGAUCACUAGAUUUUUGGAAUAAUAUAUUUCUAAUUAGAAGCAUACUGUUUUUCAAUGGUUCAUUAAACAUAUAAAACAUUUAUUUAGUUUAUUGUCAAUACUGGCUUUCAGGGGGCCUCAGAUUCCAUAUGUCUUCAGUAAAUUGAUGACUUUCAGGUUUAUUUGUGCCUGCCUCAGCCAUUCUACUUUAUUCUGAGGUAUUUCACAAUCCUCUUGUUGCAGGUGCUGCUAAAAAUCUCAAAAUUGUGUAUAAGAUAUUUUGUUUCAAUUGUAAAAUAUUCAUCUGUGUUAAAGUGAAUAAAAAGUGCAUUUUGAACAGCCAACAUA